UUGAGUUCUUCUUCUUCCCUCACCUCUGGCCUUUCAUUAAUUGUUUAUAAAUAUAUCCCUUGCCUUCACUCCCACUCAUUCAUUCAAUCAUCGCUCGCUCUGAUUUCACAUAUCUUAUCCCCAUGGCUCCACCCCCUACAGCCUCCAUUUCCUUGUCUGGACCUCCCAAGCUUCACGCCUCCGAAAUCGGCAGCAUCAAAGCCUUCGCCGAGUCCAAUCGUGGCUCCGCCAUCCCUUCCUCCUACUAUUCGAUCGGUGAACCCCUAGACGACGUCGCAGACCACCUCGCUUCCUCCAUCCCCGUCAUCGAUUUCUCUCUUCUCACGUCCGCUGACCCUCAGCUCCAUGCCAACGCUGUCUCCCGACUCGGCAAUGCCUGCUCUGAGUGGGGCUUUUUCAUGCUCACGAACCAUGGGAUCACGGAGAAGCUGAUGGAGGAGGUGAUGAGCAAGGCGCACGAAUUCCAUAACUUGCCGGUAGAGGAAAAGAAGGAAUUUGGCGACAAGGGUCCCUUGGCACCCAUCCGACACGGCACCAGCUUCCACCCUCAAGCAGAGAAGGUUCAUUACUGGAGAGAUUACCUCAAGGUGAUCACACUCCCAGAAUUCAAUUUCCCUCACAAACCUCCUGGUUUUAAGGAGGUGGCUUAUGAUUAUAGCAGGAAAAUCAGGGCGGUGGCGAGGACUUUGCUGCAAGGGAUAUCGGAGAGCCUGGGAUUAGAACCCACGGCCAUAGUGGAGUCCACUGGUUUUGAUUCUGGUUUACAGAUAUUCGCCGUCAACCUGUACCCUCCUUGCCCUCAGCCAGAGCUUGCCCUGGGUAUGCCUCCUCACUCCGAUCACGGCCUCCUCACCCUGCUCUACCAGAAUGGAAUCGGAGGUCUUCAGGUCAAGCACGAUGGCCAGUGGGUCAACGUUGAUCCUCUUCCCAACUGUCUCAUCGUCAACACUGGAGAUCAACUUGAGGCGGUGAGCAACGGGAAGUAUAAGAGCAUCUUGCACCGGGCAGUAUUGAACAACGAAGACACAAGGAUAAGUCUAGUGCUGGUGAACGGACCAGAGCUGGAGAAGGAAAUAGGGCCGGCGCCGGAGCUGCUGGAGAAAGAGGAGCCAUUGUACAAGAACAUAAAGUACAAGGACUACUUUCAGGUUCAGCAGCAGAGGAGGUUCGCCGACAAAAGUGGAUUGGAUGAAAUUCGGGUCAAUCCUGCAAACUGAUAUAUGCCAAUAUGUCGUCAUCACUAAUAAUUGAUCGUUCGUAUUUAUAUGCGUCGAGUGUCGCAAACAAAUCUGCCAGUGUGUUCGGUGGAGAUGUUUGUAGAGUUUGUAUGAUGGAGAUGUUCAAUUACUCAAUAAUGCGGGAUUUCAAAUCCACAUCCUGGCUGGCACAUCGUGAUAAAAUAU